AUGAACCUGAGGGGAGGCAACAUGUCAGAGCUGAUCUCCAACACUGACCCCUGGCCGUCGUUCGGAUUGGAGGAGAGCAACGCCACCAGUUGGGGUUGUCAGCGCGUUGGCGUUGGCGGCGGGGCCCACAACUGGUCGGGAGGGGCCCCCGGCCCCCGCUGCCCGGCUGCCGGACAGAGCAAGAACUGGGCGGCGCUGCUGAUCCUGGCGGUCAUCGCCGUCACGGUGAUGGGGAACAUCCUGGUGAUCCUGGCCGUGUCCCUGGAGAAGAAACUGCAAAACGCCACCAACUAUUUCCUGAUGUCGCUGGCGGUGGCCGACAUGCUCCUGGGCAUCCUGGUCAUGCCGGUUUCCAUGGUGACCAUCCUCUACGCUUUUAAAAUCCGCAGAUACAACAGCACGGCUCGUCUGGAAACAUCAGAGGCCUGUCUGGGUUUUCAAAGGAGAGGGGAUCAGGCCCUUGUGAUGUCUGUGGAGAGCGUGGAGCUGCAAUUUGCUUGA